UCUGUCCAGCAUCAGUCAUUUAUCAUUUCCUGUUUACAGUGGAUACCGCAGGGCCAGCGCGAAAUUUCAAGUGUUUACCAGGAUGGAAGAGGAGCUUGAUUUGAUAGAGCAAUACUUCAACAAGGGACAUACAUAUAGUGUGAUUCUUGAAAUGCUCUCCUCUCAUCACGAAAUACACAUAUCAAUUGGAACCCUUAAAUCACGCUUAAAAGACCUCGGCCUGCAGAGAAGGGGUGGAUUUUCUUCAUUGAAUGCUGUUAGGAGGGCAAUAUCAUCAGAGCUGCUGGGACCUGGACAACUGUUUGGAUACCGAACAAUGUGGAUCACUCUCAAACAGAAACAUGGUCUGCGUGUCAAAAGGGAGACCGUCAUGAGAAUGCUCCGGCAGCUGAAUCCACGCGGGACCCUGUUGCGGGCACGUCGCAGGUUUAUCCGUCGCACGUACCAUUCAAUGGGUCCGAACUACCUGUGGCAUGUAGACGGGUAUGACAAAUUAAAACCUUUUGGAUUUGCCAUAUCUGGUUGUAUAGACGGGUUCUCCCGCAGAAUAAUGUGGCUCAAAUGUGGACCAACCAACAACAACCCUGAAGUAAUAAAAAACAACUUUAUUGACUGCAUCAGAAGUGUUGGUGUGGUUCCCAUGAAACUCCGCACAGACUGUGGGACAGAGAAUGGGGAUAUGGCAGCUGUACAGUGCACUCUUCGCCAUCAUCAUAGCGAUUAUCAUGCCGGUGCCAGAAGCCAUUUGUUUGGGUCCUCGACGAGUAAUCAACGUAUCGAGUCUUGGUGGUCACUAUUCAGAAAGCAGAGAGGUCAGUUCUGGAUGGAGCUGUUUGGAGACUUAAGAGACAAGGGUCUGUUCAAUGGAACCCAUGAGCACCUGUGUCUGCUAAGGUUCUGUUUCAUGGGAAUUCUUCAAGCAGACUUGGAUGAAUGUGUCCAGCUCUGGAACAGCCACAGGAUCCGGCCCAGCAGACAUGCCUUAUGCCCUGGAGGAAUUCCAGACGAGCUCUAUUCACUACCUCACAGGUUUGGAUCAAGGGACUGCGGUUUUGCUGUGGAGGAGGCAUCCCUCACUAUUUUUCAAGAGGGCCCUCUAAAUGAAGAUCCAUGUGGUGACCCAGACAUCCAUGAAUAUCUUGAGCAGGCAAUGCAACAAGGACUGCAACAGCCACACACCUGGCAGGCAGCAACAGAACUGUACAUUACUCAAAAGAAUAUAGCUGGAUUGUAAGCAGGACACUUUCUUAACCGGCUUUGAGAGCAAACUUUGGCUACGUUGACACUUCAGUUAAAAGUGACCUGAAUCUGAUGUUUUUGCUCACGUGACUCGUAUCAGAUUUUUGGCUGACCUCUGAAGUCAACCCUACAGAUGCCUCUGUCUUUUUCUAAGUAAGUAGGUAACUGUCUGAGUGAGUGAUCCCACAUUAUGAGCCAUAGAAUACAGAGUUGCAUUUGCUUGUACAGAAUGCUGUCAGUAAUGGCUGCCUCCACUGUUAACUAGAGCCAUACAUACAGCUGAAAGUCCUCUAAUGGCUGCCUCCACUGCUGUAAAUACUCAGAUAUACCUGUAGCAUUAGCAUGGCCUUUGUAUAACCAGAGCCGUACCACAAAGAAUACAACAACCCUAUAAGCUUUUAAUGUUGGGAAAGAAACUCUUCUGCUGACCUGCUUUGGCAUGACAAUGUAUAUAAGGAUGGUAUCUUGUUGUGUAACACAAUGUAAAAUCUAAUAAUUUUUCAGUUUUAUGGUUUAGUUAUAGUCCCAAUGCUCCAUUUAUAGUUUGAUUUAUUUGGGAAAUACUUUGACCAAGAAGGAUUGUUUAUUUAAUUUUUUUAUUUUAGUUUAAUGGAAAUCACAGAAGACCACUCACACUGUGUUUUUAUGUAAAAACAAAGUUGCAAAAUUCAGAAUAUUAAAAGUCCUAGAACUGAUGCUUGAUGGUGUACAAAAUAUAGUUUUAUAUCAAGCAUUAUGUCAAAUUUUUUCUAUUCUGAGAACUUGCUGAACUGAAACAUAUGAUCCAGAUAUCUGAACAGACCAGGAAUUAGGACCAUUCCAUUCUCAACCAACAGACAUUAGGGACAGAACAGUUACACCCCAACAAAAAGUCACUUUGCCAGAACACACAAGUCAGCCAGGCUUUACUACAGACAUCCCAGAUAGAUGAGGUCAGCCAUAUACUAGGUUUAACCUAGUCUUGUUGUCUGUAAGUAAUGUUCUCCAAGAGACUGUUUGCAUCUGAUUUAAAUAUCUUCCUGAGUGAAUGAACAGCAAAACAAAUGAGUGAUCAAAAUUUGCAUUAAAAAGUUGCCACUUGUAA